AUGAGCGAAUCGCAGACUGAUAACAAUAACACACCAGAGAGAGAGGAAGGUCCACUGCCGACGAGAUUUGAGGUGGAACUAGAAUUCGUGCAAUCGUUGGCCAACAUCCCGUACGUGACGUACUUAUUAACACAACAACAGCAGAUAUUAAAGGAUCCUCGGUUCAAGAACUAUUUAAAAUACUUAGAAUAUUGGUGUGAACCGCCAUAUUCUCAAUGCAUUGUGUACCCCAAUUGCUUGUUUGUUUUGAAAUUAUUGAAUGGGUUUAUGGAGAAGGCAGUGGUGAAUGAAGAUGGAUUAUUGGAGGGACUGGAUGAAUUACCAAAGAUUAUCCAGCUGCAAGGUGGGCAAUGGAUGAAUGAGAUGGUUGAGAGAUGGGCCAAUUGA